AUGAAAAAUAGUAAUAUAAAUAAUAACUAUCAAGCUUUAAAAAAAAUUACAAGCCAAGAGGAAAAUCAAAACUGGUGUCAAUGGUUAGGGGGUUUGAUUGAUGCAUCAGGUCAGAUAGUACUUAAAAAAGAUGGGGAAGUUUUUUUAGAAAUAUCAUUGGAAACAGUAAACUAUCAUAGCUUGGCAACAAUAAAGCAUAGAUUGGGUGGAGGUCACAUCAAUGUUUUGGGUGGUAACUAUACUUGUCAAUAUAAACUAUCAAAUGUUGGUCCAGAGGUUAUAAAAUUAAUUAAUGGGCAUAUUAGACAUCCAUCCAAGCAAGAACAACUUAGAGAUAUUUGUAAUCAUUUUGGUAUCAACUAUAAACCUCCUUUAGAAUUAACUCCAAUCGACUUUUGGAUCUCUGGUGUAUAUGAAUCAAUUGGUAAAUGCGAAUUAAAUAUUGAGGAUCUCAGCAUUAGUAUUACACUCACUGACAGAAAUGAACAUAUAUUAACGGAAGUUUGUCGGGUUUUAGGUGGCAGAUUGGUAUAUUAUAGGGCUUCAAAUGGUACCUAUAAACUACAUUUCCAAAAAAAAGAGGAACUAGAAAGACUUUUCAAUUACUUUGAUCACAAUUCAUUCAAAAUUAAAUCAGCUCCUCAAAUUAAAUUGGUACCAGAAUUUUAUAAGAUAUUAAUGGAGUACGAAAAGAAAGGUAAUACAGAUAGUGAAUUACCAUUAUAUAUUUGGGAAUGUUUCUUAAAGCUAUGGAAUCAACACAAAGAAGAAUAUUAUGACAAUAAAAAUUUAAAAAAUAUAGAAAAUGCUUUAGAAAAUAGUUUCAAAAAAGAUAAAAUCAAAAUUUAUAAUAGUAAUUUUGAUUAA